AUGCUGAAACUCGGACGGAUUCGUUCAGUCAUACUCGGUAUCGCUACCGGCACUGUGGUAUGGACCCUAGUUCUCUUGGCGCAUAUCGGUGACCAUACCCUGAGAGCAUCAGACGACAGCCCAGUCGAGCUGGGUCUAUUCUGCAAGGCAUGCACAGCUGAUCAAAUGGACCUACUCUGGCGACGUUAUAAUAGAAGUUGUACGAACGCCCGCCCAUUGCGACUGGAGAUCGCGUUCAAUGGCCUGAAUGAACCCUUAAGCGUUACUAACGAAGUCUUCGAGGUUACUGUCGCGACAGAACAGAUGGUCCACAUCAAGGCCAACGGCUUCCAAGGGGCUUUGCGAGCUCUAGACGACACUUGCGGUACGGCGCGUGGUUUCGUCCAAAAAACGCCAACUCCUUUGGGCCUGGCUUACCGUGGGCUCCUCUUGGAUAUCUCACAUGUCUUUUUAUCGGUUGCGGAGUUGACGCAUAUAAUCGAGUUUGCGUCACAAGAAGCAGGCCUCAAUGUUCUGCACCUGCACAGCACUGAUAAUCAAUGUUUCGUAAUCGAACUGGCCUCGGCGCCCGAGCUAGCCCAUAAGAGUCAAGGAGCAUGCAGCAGGGGAGGUGCCGUUCGAGGAUAUUACACGAAGGGAGAAGUGGAAGAGGUCUUCGCAGUGGCUGCUUCAUUGGGUAUCAUGAUAGUGCUUGAGCUAGACAUCCCAGGUCACGCGGGAGCCUGGAAGAAGUCUCAUCCCGAGCAUGUUGUUGAGGAUUACCUAGAUCCUAAUAGUGAGUCUAUGUGGCAGCUGUUUUCUACUGUACUUACUGAGCUCGAGGAGCUCUUGCCAGUCACUGCACUACAUGCCGAAUUGCCCCUGGGGCUUCAUCUAGGUGGAGAUGAGGUUUCCAAUAAUCGGGCGCAUCGAGCAUUCGAAGCUAAGCUGAAAAAGUAUAGACGACGUGAUGCACGUCUCCACAAUAUGCGUUGGGAAGAAUCCCUCUCAGUUGGGGGUGUUGAGCACAAUGACAUAGUUACAGUCUGGAAGUCCUUCGAGAUGUCCGGCAGGAUCCUACUUGAGGAUGUGAUCACUCGAGGGUUCAGUGCUAUCAACAUGUGUCUCAGCAGACUUUACCUCGACGCGAAGUUCCAGCCUACAGUUGAAGCUAUCCGCAAAUUCGAUGCAUACAGGAGUGGUUCACAGACACCAGGCCCUAAUGGUCACCUUGUCAAGAUAGAGCAUGAGCAUUUGGUGCUUGGCGCAGCUGUGAGCUGCUGGGGUGAAUGCAUGACCGCUCUGGCCAAAGAUUUAAGUGAAGAUAGACCAUACAACGAUUUUUGGAAUCUUCUUGGAGAAGCUGGAUAUAACUUCUGGCACACGGAACGACCUUCGCGACGGCGCUCGUGA